GCGCCGGUUGGAAGUGUGGGCACCAUGGAGUGGAAAGCUUGGCAGCAGCCGCGUAUGGACGGUGACAGCAUUGGCCAGAUGUAUUGGUGUUAUUCGAAUGGGAAGAAGACUUGGUACUCGAAGGUUAAAGCUGUGGAGGCGGGCUGUCCCGAGGAGUUAGGUUCUCAGCGUGGUCGGGGAAGGAAGUCUGCGGCCGUUGAGACUUCCACUCUGCCAGCCAAGCGAGCAAAGACGAAGGCAGAUGGGCCUGGCAAUGCGAUUGCUGCAUCGGCUGGUGAUCUUUCUUUCGAUGGAGCUGCCGGAGCAGAUGGGCCUGGCAAUGCUAUUGCUGCAUCGGCUGGUGAUCUUUCUUUGAAUGGAGCUGCCGGAGACCAGUCCGUUUCCAAGAGGAAUUUCGGGGGCCGCGUUCAGCGGCACCACGAGUGCCAAGUCUGCGCGAUCAGCCGGCAUUCAUUUUUCCAUGGGAAUUUAUGUCCCGAGUGCGAAUAUGGUCUCAGAAAGGUAGGAUGUAGGGCGUAUUCACGCCUAACAGCAGAACAAAAAAACAGAGUGAUUGACAUGUCUCGGCAGAGCCGAGCAAGCAAAGCAAGCAGUCAAGAGACUGCCAUGGCAGCCCGCUUAGCAGAUGCGGCAUUGAUUUUGGUCAGGGAGCGGCUCCAAAAUGGAGAAUGAUUCUCACAUUGGAUGUAGACUAGUUUUUUUCCUCAAGGGGAAUGGCAUGUGAAAACACAUGCAUGGAGAACGCACCAUUCACAUGGUGCAGUCCGUGAGCACAGUUAAGUCACUGUGAAACCGAGCACGCUUGCAACAGUUCUGCCGGCCAACUGUCAUCAGGUGGUCACAGUAGGUGUGUCGGAUGC